AUGAGUUAUGAAAAUUCCCUCAGCAAAGAGUCCAGCUCAGAAGAAAUAGGAAACUUAUCUAAUUCAGAAACCUUAAAUAGUGACUUAUCCAAGAGUAUUGAAGAAACUGAAAAAAUUAUCGAAAUUCAGAAACAGCCAUUUACAGCUAGCGUCCUCAAAGAAAUGAGCCAGAUUUCAAUGUGUUCAGACGAGUCUAACAUCUUGUUUUUAUAUGACGAUUUCAAAGUAUAUGAUGGGCCAGUUGACAGCCACGAAUUCGAGCCAUCUGAAAUUGAAACAAGCAAGUUAGCCCAAGAGAUCAAAAAGCUGAAAGGAAAAUACGAAGACUUCAAAAAAACAACCAAAAGAAUAAUCCCUAAAACAGUAGCAAAACCUAAGCCAAAAAAAGCCCCAGUCGUUAAAACUAGCCUAACUCCAAAGCCCAAAAAAUCCAGCCAAGAUACCAUAACAUCAAGUAAUUCCUCAAAAUCUUCACAAAAAACAGUCAACAAAGUAUCAUUAAUUUCGCUUGAAAUUGAUAUAGGGUCAGGCUACACUGUUACAGAAGAUGUGCAUUCUGGUGACAGCUCUUAUGAUAUCGCUGCCAGAGCAUUUAAACAAAAAAACAUUAAAGCCAAUUAUAAAAGCAUCAGGGAGCUUGGAGACUUAAUACAGCAAGAAAUAAACAAUUACCUUGGAGUUGUGGCCAAAGAAUUGAAAAAUUAUGAAAAAAAAGUGAAAAAAUGUGAAGAGGAAAACUAUAAAAAACAGUUAGAAAAAAUUAAGCCACCACUAUUGCAAACAGAAAAACUGGCAGAAACGAGGAAAAAAGUGAUAGGAAGCUUGCAAAUAAGUACUGGAGAAGAUAAAGAAGAAACAAUUACGAUUAGAGAAGGAGACAUUCCUGAAGAAUUAGCAAAAGAAUUUUCAGAAACUCAUAAUCUGUGUGAUGAAGCUUGUGAAAGCAUAGCGAUUUCAAUCAAAGAACUAAUAGAGCAGACCCUUCACCCUUCAAUAAAAAUAAAUUUUGAGAUUGAUGAAGGAAAAACUGCAGCAAUUGAAGUUUCAAAAGGCGACGAUCUUUUUAGCCUCGCUCACAGAUUUGUAAGAGAUAAUAGGAUUGGAAGCAAAUAUACCUCAAAAGUGUAUAAUAUGUUAAGGAGGACAUUAAGCGAGAAUCAAGCUUAA